AUGAAUGAUUCCGAAUGGGUAGCAGGAAUAAGCAAGAAAGAUGCCGGAAGAUACAGCAGACAAAUUCUUGUGAACGAUUUUGGUGUCUCAGGUAUCACAUUUGAAGAUUUUGGGAUUGAAAAAAGGUUUUCAGGUCAAAAAAGUCUAAAAGACACGAGAGUGUUGAUUGUCGGAGCCGGAGGUCUCGGAUGUCCAGUUGCAACGUAUUUGGGAGCUGCCGGGAUCGGAACACUGGGAAUCGUCGACUACGAUCAUGUAUGGGAAUGAAACCAUAAAAGAAAGAAGUUGGAGAUUGCAGAUCUCUGCUGAUAAUCUUCACAGACAAGUCACCUACAAGGAAGCCCAAAUCGGACAAUCCAAAGCUCACGGAUUGGCAGACAACAUCAAACUGUAGGAAGAAUCGGACUUCGUCUGGGCAGUACUAUUUAUGCUUCCAGACAGAACAGCAACGUCAAUCUGAAAGUGCACGAAGUAUCGCUCGACAGUUCCAAUGCAAUGGACACUUUCAAGGAGUACGACAUCGUUUGCGAUUGCACUGACAAUGUCGCCACGAGGUCUCACAUUUGUUCUGACAGUUUAUCAGAGCCAAUCCUUCAGAUAUCUGAUCAACGACGUCUGCGUCCUUCUGAAUCUGCCGUUAGUCAGUGGCAGUGCUCUCCGAUGGGACGGACAACUUUCUGUUUACCAUUACGGAGAAGACUGUCCCUGUUACCGAUGUCUGUUCUCCUCCCCGCCAGAUCCAUCAACUGUUACCAAUUGCAACGAAGGAGGAGUUCUUGGUCCCGUCGUCGGAAUCAUCGGAAGCAUGCAAGCAUUGGAAGUCAUGAAAAUUGCCUCCAAUGUGCCUGGUUAGCAUAUGCAAUCGAUAUGCAUACGUUUUUCUUUUCCAGGAACUCUUUCUGGGAAGUUGUUCCUAUUCGAUGGUCGCGAAGGGAAAUGUCGGACAAUCCGUUUGAGGAAGAAAGAUCCAAAGUGCGCCGUGUGCGGAGAGAAUCCGACUAUAACAGCCCCUAUUGACUAUGUACUUUUCUGCGGAUCCGGUGCUCAUGACAAGGUAUGUACGUGAGGGAACUCUUUGUGAUCACAUUCACUUUUCAGACAGAGAACUUAAAGCUGCUGGAACGAAGUGACCGACUGGAAGUAGAAGAGUAUCGAGAUGAACGGAGAGCACGCAAACCAGUGUUGCUGGACACGAGACCGCCCGUCGAGUUUGAGAUUGCACACCUGCCGGAGGCGAUUAGUCAGUGUCCUUUGUCUGUUGCAAACGAUUGCGGAUCUUUGCAGACAUCACUCUGGACCAAUGUCGAUCUCUUCCUUCUACUGAAAUCCUCUCCCGAUUGGGCGUCUCCGCCUCUUCUUCUGAUGUCUUCGUAAUCUGCCAUCGUGGAAACGACUCGCAACGGGCGGUCCUUUUGCUCCGCGAGAAGCUCAGUUCUAUUCAGUUCAAGGACAUCAUCGGAGGGUAUGAGCAGUGGGCCCACAGAAUCAACGAUCAGUUUCCACUUUAUUAA